UUGUAACAACAAAAUCUGUGUCAGCUCUUCUACAUUCGGCAAAUGCAGUAUUGUAAAUUCACUUCAUUUUGGUCACUGACGUAGCCAGCGUAUCAAUCUACACCUCACGUCAACACAGGCUUACAGGUUGUUAUAAUUUUGUCCACAAACGGUCAACGAAGUGACACAAUCUUUGAGGUAUAUCCUUAGGUUUAAAUCACAUCCUUAGCUUCUUAUCUGCAGCUGGUUUCGAUUUAAGGCGGAUGGCGAGGUAGAUCCACACUGGCGCUUUGAAGCUGGACGCUGUUCAAAACAUUCCACUUUAAACCAUGUAUAUAGGCACUUCCAGGAGUUCAAGCACAGCACAGAAAGUCUCGGAGUCUAAUCUACGUCGUGCUAAAUGCAUUUUUGGAGAUUCCGUGGGUUCCUCUGGUUUAAUUUAGCAGUUUUAACCUUGUCAACACACUGCUUACUUCAAACGCAAUUCAUGCCUGUUCUUUCUAAACCGGUGUUCGGCCAUUCCUUGCUACGCGGCGAAACGUCCUACACAAUGCUCAGGGUGCUUGCGCAUGCAUCCACACGCAUGCGCACAUCGGUUAGAAGCGGCGAGUACUUACUAUUUUUGUUUUUAUUUAGUUAUUUAGAACCUUUUCACUGCCUCAAAGAUACUUUUUGCAUGUAUUACCCUCUCAUACUUUUAACCAUUGUGUUUGUGUUAGCUUUGAAGCAGUUGACCACAUUAGUCACGUAUCGUAUUUAAACCGUCCUUAUUUGAUAUAACUACAUUUAAGUAUUUUCUGCAGGCAUUUUUUUAGUACGUUUUUCCUGUAUGCAUCUAAACAAAACAAGUUUAGAGCGCACGGUAGUACUUUAGGUGUCAAAUUCGACUAAUGUAGGACGUUUCGCUGAUGUAGAUAUUUUGACAGAACACCGGAAGUUCGGAGCAGAAAUUUUCCAAGAUGGCGCCGCCCGUGUUUCGCUCAGGAAACUUGUCUAAAAAUCAGUUUUUCUUAAAACAAUUUGAAAAACACAGUUGUAGACAACCAAAGAAAAAAAAAGUUUUUAGAUUUUAAUUUUAUUCCAGGAUUUGUAAACUACCUUAGCCCUUGACCAGGGUCUUUUUUUUCCCCACACACGCAGGCAGGACUACCGAAUUUAGUACUUUUGCUUACCUUUGAUAACGACAUUCAAUUACGACGUCAAACCGAGGCGCUCCGCUUGGAAACCUCUCCGUUGAAGGUUCAUAAUGGAGAGUGAAUUUGUAGACCAAGAAGUCGCUCGUUGACUACGCGGUGGAGGCAUACAAUGUGUUAUUUUGGGAGGCAGAUGAAAGUGGACGACAGUACCGCGUACUUCUUUCCGGGAGCCGCACGCCGUCAGGGGAUAUGCAAAGAGCAGGUCUCCGUACGGUCUCAGGACACCGUUGCUUCGGCAGCUUUGGCCCAAUUGGAGCUCUGACUCGUCUGCACCGAAUCCGUAGAAAGAUGGCUUGACCCGGACGACCAAGUCGAACGCUGAGCAGGUCAGCAAGACGUCUGGAAGGUAUGUCCGGUUGAAACGUUUUUUUCCAACUGUUGGAUCAUGGUCAAGAAACCCGCGAGAGGUGUGAUGUUUGGAAUGUGGACUGCCUAGUUUUGUAACUUCAAUUGGCCUGUCGGUGAACUUCAAGCUCAUUUCGCAGCACCCAAAAAAUAAUACAACACAAAACAAAAAAUAAAUAUAUUUCGUUUCCAUUGUCACGUUCUGUUUCCUCGCAAAUGUAUGCGUAAAAGAACGUCACGCUCGCAGGUGGGUGCUAUUAGAGGUGAUGGUUUAAAAAAAAAAAAAAAAAAAAAAAUCUAGAAUUGGAGUGCAUCAUUUUGACUGACAUUAUUUUUGGACAUUUAAAAAAAAAAAAAAUCUAUAUGUCUUUCAUACAGAAAAUUCGAUGCUUUUUAGAGAAUAAGGUACAGUUCAUUAAAUCUCUCAGGUUAAAUAUUGCAAUUUAAUUACAAGUGUAGAAUCAGGACAGUACAACACUGUGGGUCUUUAUGAUUUCGGAACAUUCGCCCGUCAAUAGGUGUGGCCGGUUAGCUCAGUUGGUUAGAGCGUGGUGCUAAUAACGCCAAGGUCGCGGGUUCGAUCCCCGUACGGGCCAUUAGGUUUUUUCGUUGGGUCAGUUUUGGAACGUCAAACAAGACGUUAAGAAAUUACAAAUCUUGAAAAAUAGGCUGCAAUUACCGACAACAACAUUCGCCGUUCACGUCAUUUAUAUAACGUUGGUCCGAAUAUUUAAAGAAGUCGAGUGAAAAUACAUAAUCUGAAUACUGAAUCUGAACCCUGACGAAAGUAGUUAACUAAUUAAUUAAAACGGACAACAGCACUACGCAGCUCUGUGCAGUGUUAUCCGCACGAUAAUAUCUUUGAAACAGUUUUGUCCAAAACCAAUAAUAAAAAACAAAACAUUUACAAAGACAGCAAGGAUGAUUUCCUGAAUAAUAUUCAAUUUCAUUACCUGAGUCACUUUAAAAUACAUUAAGAGAUAACGCCAAUAUCGAAUCUUUCUCGCCACUUAAAAUGUUUGUAGUUACUCAUCCAGCCCACCAAGUGGCAUACUACUACAAGCAGUCAUGAAUGCAACAAGGGAAAUGGCAAUUACAGUAUUGCUGUCCCCCAGUAGAAUUAAAACGCCUCGAAAAUUACCUCUGAAGCUGUCGCAGUGAAAUGUUUUCAUUUUCUCUGUAUAUUUUGGAAAAUCCAACAUGUACAAAUGACAUGACAAAUACGUGUCCGGUACUGAGCGUUCACAUAAAAGUCAUCAAAGGUGGUAUAAACCAGUGUUCACAUAAAAGAAAUCAUAGGUGGCAAAACAGCCUUAAAAAUGAAGAUUAUGACAAAUGCGCAUUCACAUACGUAGAGAACGAGCAGAGGACUGUGAAAACUAGAGGAAAGCAAGAGAAUUGAACUCUGAGAAGAACGCGAUUAUGGUUUAAAAGGACUAAACUCAAAAGAGGAUUUCCCCCCCAGUUUUGCCUAACAAUGGAGUUGGACUGUUACCAGCAUUAUUUUUUCGAUGAUUUUGACACAGAGGAGGAUUUCUACAAGUCUACCGCGCCGAGCGAGGGUAUUUGGAAAAAGUUCGAGCUGUUGCCCACCCCUCCCAUGUCCCCCAUUCGGACUCUACAGAGCGGGGACGGCGUGCUCUUCUCCACGGGAGACAAACUGAGCUGGUUGUCCAGAGUCGACGAAUGCGAUGGUCAAGAGCUGUUCGGCAACCUCAGCUCCAUCAUCAUCCAAGACUGUAUGUGGAGUAGUUUCUCGGCCAGCAAACAGCUGGAGAAGGUUGUCCACGGGAGGCAACCGGCUCCGUCUCAGCCGACGGGAGCCCCCCCGACUACGCAUAUCCCCGUGAGGCCGAGUAAAGCGCACUGCGUCUCGCAAAGCCUUCACCUCACCGCCUCGGCGGCGGACUGCGUCGACCCUGCAGCUGUUCUCACCUAUCCCGCGAGUAGCUGCAGGAAGACAGCCUCAUCUGGUUCCGAGUCCCGGAGCGACUCCUCCGAUGACGAAGAGGAAAUUGAUGUUGUCACCGUGGAGAGCAAACACACCCGGGCUCGACUGGCCAGUGUCCGUAAACAAGUGACCCUCACGGUGCGUGCGGACCCCUGUCCCAAGCGUUUCCAUGCCUCGGUUCACCGGCAGCAGCACAACUACGCCGCCCGCUCUCCCGACAGUGGGCCCGGCGAAGAUGAAGAUGACGAGGAGGAGGAAGAUGAUGAAGAGCUCCAAAGCGGGCAUACGUUCCCGGCGUGGAGCCGUCUGCCUUCGCCCUCCGGAAGCUCCUUGAACUCUGAUGCGGAAGACACGGACCGCAGGAAGACUCACAACUACCUGGAGAGGAAGAGGAGAAAUGACCUGCGAUCCAGGUUUUUGGCUCUACGAGAUCAGAUCCCGGGUCUGGAGUCUACAAAGACCCCGAAGGUCGCCAUCUUGACCCAUGCUACGGAAUACCUCAUGGAGCUGCACGCCAAAGAGAAACGACAACUGCAGGAGCGCAAACGCCUCAAAGCUCGACAGCAACAUCUCCUGCGCAGAAUAUCUGCAUUGAAGCGAUCUUGAAACUCCAAACUAUUGCAAAGCCACAUUUUUCUUUAUGACAACAUGCCUCAUGUCAUUAGCCUCCAGUUAUGUUUGGAAUACUUUCAUUUUGUAGCAGAUUUUUUUUUACUUGAGUCUGUCAUUGACUGUAGGGUUGUCAGAUGUCAGUUUGUGGGGGUUCUUUCGUGUUUUGCACAGCUAUACAGUGAGGAUAACACAAAAGAUGUUUGUAGCUAUGGCAAAAGAUAUUUGCUGGUAUGUGUGAUAACCUGUGUGACGUAUCCUUCAGAAUAUGUGUGGAAUUGAGAUGAGAUGACUUCAUUCCAUCAUUGCACAUUCAUAAUGGAUUGGAGUGCCGAGUGUGAGCUGGUUUGUUUUUUAUUUUGUGUGUGGCUGUUCACAUUUCCCUGUAUAUAAUAGCCUAUUGCUCCUGGUGGAAGAGCAUAACAAAAUCUUGAGUUGUCAUUGAACUUUACUCUUGUGUAUAAUUUUCUGCUUAGGCAUUGAGGAGUCUCUAUUUUGUUAAAAAAAAAAUCUGGAGUAAAAAACAAAAAAAAAAGUUUGCUAAGUAGCACUGCUGUACUUUAUAUACUCACACGUCACUUUGUGAUCACAAAGCAUCCUCUGAUUUUGGUUUAUUCUAAAGCUUACUCAUGCAACAUUAAAUUUUGAUACCAUGUUUGCAAACCAAACAUUGAUGCAGUUUCUCUUUAUCCACAAGAAACACACCAACAGACAUGUUUAAAUUUUUUUUUUAUUUUUUAGACCCAACUGAUCAAUAUCCUACAGUUAAUUCACUCUGUCUUGCAUUCAAGCAGCAUGUUCUAUUGGCGAGCUACAGGCCAACACGAGGGGUUGUCCUUGAGAUUUGCCCUUGACAAGCAUGUGCACGAUUCUGCCGUGCAUCUUCCUCUCUGCAGUGGCUGCUGCAUUACAGAGUACCUGAUGUGCUCUCUAGGUUACACUCUCCCACACACACAUCUUGCAUCUUUGGAAUGGUCCCCAGAGAGGGAUGUCCAUAUAGACCUUUACUUUUGCUUUUUACAGGCUGGAGAAAUGCACUACAUGCAUCUCUGAAGCAGUGGUUCUAUGCAGUUAUCACACAGUCUUGGACCUACAUUUCCCUAUUGUUCCCACGUCGUGACCUACAUUAUAUUAUUGGAACAAUAAUUGUUACUACCAUUCCUACAAAUGGUCAGACUCUUUAAUCAUGGGCCACUCCAUGUUUCUGGUCUUAAUUCGGGAUCACUGUACAGUUUGUUCCUGUGCAUGGUGACCACGUUGAUGACCUCGUAGACAAGUCCCAGCAAGCCUGGGUGGAAUUUUUGUCAGUUGCACACUUAAGCACAAUUUUGUUCAGGUACAACUUGAAGGACGAGCCUGACACACCCUGCACUUAUAACAUGUCACACCUUUCCUUUGCCAAGGCCUCAUCAUUGGUUGGUGUUUCCCCAGCUUCCUGAACAUUUUCACCCCUGAGGACACAUUUUCAGCAAGAAAAGAAAUAGGAGUAAUAAUUCAACAACAUACUGAAAUUACUCAGUUUGAAUUUACAAAAGCACUUUGCAAAUUCUUUACUUUCAUUUGUAUGCUUGAAAUACAUUUUGACAUAGUCCAAUAAUACAUUUAUUGGGCUUUUAUGGUGGUGGCAUAAGUGGUUGUCAAAUCCGGCGUUCGUGUGUGGAAUUUUCAGGUCCUUCCAGUGGGUUUUCCUGGGUCAGUUUUCUUCCACAUUCCACAAACAUGCAAGACAAUUUAAGACUGAAAUUUAUAAACAAGAAAACAUGCAUUGUAAUUGACUGAAAUUGUCAGUCUGUAAUUAAAGGUUGUUUGUCUACUGU